AUGCCGGUUAUGAAGGGAUUACUGGCACCCCAGAACACCUUCCUCGACACCAUCGCCACCCGGUUUGACGGCACACAUAGUAACUUUAUCCUUGCAAAUGCUCAGGUGGCUAAGGGAUUCCCCAUUGUUUACUGCUCUGAUGGCUUCUGUGAGCUUGCUGGAUUUGCACGGACUGAAGUCAUGCAGAAGAGCUGCAGCUGUAAAUUCUUACUUGGUGCUGAAACAAAUGAGCAGAUGAUUCUUCAAAUUGAGAAAUCUUUGGAGGAAAAGAUAGAAUUUAAAGGAGAAAUCAUGUUCUAUAAGAAGAAUGGGUCUUCAUUCUGGUGCUUACUGGAUAUUGUUCCUAUAAAGAAUGAAAAAGGAGAUGUGGUACUCUUUCUGGCCUCUUUCAAAGACAUAACAGACACAAAAGCGAAGAUUGCCGCAGAAGACAAAAAGGAAGAAAAAUGGAAAGGAAGAGGAAGAGCAGGAUCGCAUUUUGAGUCGGCACGCAGACGGAGUAGAGCUGUCCUUUAUCACAUCUCUGGACAUCUACAAAGAAGAGAGAAGAACAAAUUAAAAAUUAAUAAUAAUGUUUUUGUAGAUAAACCAGCAUUUCCAGAAUACAAAGUUUCAGAUGCAAAAAAAUCCAAAUUCAUAUUGCUGCAUUUUAGCACUUUUAAAGCUGGCUGGGACUGGCUUAUUUUACUGGCAACGUUUUAUGUUGCUGUGACUGUACCUUACAAUGUUUCCUUUAUUGGCCAUGAUGAGCUGUCUACAACUCGAAGCACAACUGUCAGUGACAUUGCAGUGGAAAUUCUCUUCAUCAUCGAUAUUAUUUUAAAUUUCCGAACAACAUAUGUCAGCAAGUCUGGCCAAGUGAUAUUUGAAGCAAGAUCUAUUUGUAUCCACUAUGUGACAACAUGGUUUAUCAUUGACUUAAUUGCUGCACUUCCUUUUGAUCUUCUUUAUGCUUUCAACGUCACUGUGGUUUCCCUUGUCCACCUUCUGAAGACCGUGCGGCUCCUGCGCCUGUUGCGCCUCCUGCAGAAGCUGGAUCGCUACUCCCAGCACAGCACAAUCGUUCUCACCCUUCUCAUGUCCAUGUUUGCCUUGCUUGCUCACUGGAUGGCCUGCAUCUGGUAUGUCAUAGGGAAAAGGGAGAUGGAGCAGAAUAACCCUCUUACCUGGGACAUAGGUUGGCUUCAUGAGCUAGGAAAACGAAUUGAAUCUCCUUAUUAUGAGAAUAAUACACUUGGAGGCCCAUCAAUCAGAAGUGCCUAUAUAGCUGCCCUGUAUUUCACUCUCAGCAGCCUCACCAGUGUUGGCUUUGGAAAUGUUUCAGCCAAUACCGAUGCUGAAAAGAUCUUCUCCAUUUGCACAAUGCUGAUUGGGGCUCUGAUGCAUGCCUUGGUGUUUGGCAAUGUGACUGCCAUAAUUCAGAGGAUGUACUCCAGAUGGUCCCUUUAUCACACAAGAACCAAGGAUUUGAAGGACUUUAUACGGGUCCAUCACCUGCCACAGCAGCUAAAGCAAAGGAUGCUUGAAUAUUUCCAAACCACGUGGUCUGUCAAUAAUGGAAUUGAUUCCAAUGAGCUUUUAAAAGACUUCCCAGAUGAGCUGCGUUCAGACAUCACCAUGCACUUGAACAAGGAGAUUUUGCAGCUUUCCCUCUUCGAGUGUGCCAGUCGUGGUUGCCUCAGGUCUCUGUCUCUGCACAUCAAAACCUCCUUCUGUGCUCCUGGGGAAUACCUCCUCCGGCAGGGGGAUGCCCUGCAAGCGAUCUACUUCGUGUGCUCAGGUUCCAUGGAAGUCCUGAAAGACAGCACUGUGCUGGCAAUCCUUGGUAAAGGAGAUUUAAUUGGAGCAAACCUAUCCAUUAGGGAUCAAGUUAUUAAAACAAACGCAGAUGUUAAAGCUCUAACAUACUGUGACCUCCAGUGUAUUAUCCUCAAAGGUCUCUUUGAAGUUCUUGACCUUUACCCAGAGUAUGCUCACAAGUUUGUUGAAGACAUCCAGCAUGAUCUCACUUACAAUCUAAGAGAAGGCCAUGAAAGUGAUGUAAUAUCAAAAUUAUCCAACAAGCCUACACUAUCCCAGACAGAGCUCAAGGGAAAUGGAAAUAUAAAGAAGAGACUCCCUUCCAUUGUGGAAGAUGAAGAUGAGGAAGAGGAGGGAGAAGAAGAAAGUAGCACCCUUUCACCAAUUGAUACACGAAGCACAAACAGCUCUCAGCAGAAGAAGUCUGCAAGCAACAAAAGCCACCUAGGGAGAAACUUGAAGCAGCUGGCCUCAGGAACUGUGCCCUUUCAUUCCCCCAUCCGUGCUUGCAGUUCAAACCCCUCAAGAGCCAAACAUGAAACAGAGCUCCAUUACUACUCCAGAAGGAAGGAGAAAAACCUUAAAUUGUACCUGUCAGCACUGACCACCAGUGGCCCACCAGAUAUGAGCCCAAGAAUUGUCGAUGGGAUUGAGGAUGGAAACCAUAAUGAAGAAAGCCAAACCUUUGACUUCAGCUCUGAUCAGCUCAGGCAGGAAUCCAGGUUAUCUCCUACAACAGGAGAGGCUGAAAUUGGUGCUGCUGUGCUCGUUAUCAAAGCAGAAGAGACCAAACAGCAGAUCAGCAGGCUUAAUAAUGAGAUGACAUCUUUAAGUCAAGAAGUCUCACAAUUACGUAAGGAUAUGAAGAAUGUGAUGCACCUUCUGGAAAACCUGCUGACGUCCCAGAAGCCUCCAGGAUUCUGUGCUGUGCACAGCCUAUCUCGAAGUCCCACACUGGACAGUCUGCAGCCUCGAGUGGCUUGGACUACACAUCAACCCUGCUCGCACAUGCAAGCUGGGAACUUCACUUGCACCAAAGCACAACUUUGUCGUGGAAACACACUAUGUGACAUUUGGAAUACAGAUCUGUCUUCUGUAGGCAGCAGUCCCCAAAGGACUGAACCCAACCUGCAAAAUUCUAUGGAUGGUGAACUUCAUUAUACCACAGGCCUUCAAAAUUCCCCUUCCCAGUAUCAGGUAAUUCAGAAAGACAAUCUGCAGUUUUUAAGAUGCACCUCUCCCCAUUCAGACACUACCCUGACUCCUCUUCAGUCUAUUUCAGCAACCUUUUCUCCUUCAGUAUGCUCUUCAUCAGAGACGUCACUACACCUAGUGCUGCCCAGCAGAUCAGAGGAAGGGAGUUUUAGCCAAGGAGCAAUCAGCUCACUAAGCCUUGAGAACCUGCCAGGAUCGUGGGAUCUGGAAGGAACAGCCGGAGUAACUUCUGCACAGACCCCAGAUUUCCCAGUAGACAUUGUGACAAGCACAAGGGAUGUUAAAGAUAAAGACUGCCAAGCCAUAGAUGUAUGA